ACAAGUCAUGAUGGCGGAGCUGUAGACUUCGGGACGAGCUGGAUAGCGCCGCCCGUCCUCGUUUAGCCAAGUGUACAUAGUUAUUUAUUUAUUCAGACAACUUUACAUCUUCCCCCCCCGCUAUGACCCGCUGGAUUCCGACUAAAAAAGAGAAGUACGGAGUCGCAAUCUACAAUUAUGAUCCCAGUGGUGAGCAGGAGCUGUGUCUACAGGUGGGGGACACAGUGCACAUACUUGAGAAAUUGGAAGGCUGGUAUAGGGGCUACACUCUACGCAAGAAAUCACAGAAGGGCAUUUUCCCAGCUUCCUACAUCCACUUAAAGGAGGCUACGGUUGAAGGGAUAGGCCAGCAGGAAAUAAUUAUUCCAGCAGAUUUACCCCUAGUACAGGAGCUUGGAGCUACUCUGAGGGAAUGGGCACAGAUAUGGCACAAGCUCUUUGUGGCAAACAAGUCAACCCUGUUCAGGAGUGUUCAGCAGAUGGCCUACAGCCUCAUCGAAUAUCGAUCUCAGAUAGUGUCAGGAACACUGCCCAAGGACGAUCUUGUAGAGCUCAAAAAGAAAGUCACGGCAAAGAUUGAUUAUGGAAACCGCAUUCUGGGGUUGGACCUGGUGGUGCGAGAUGAAGCCGGAAACACACUGGAUCCUGACCGGACCAGUACGGUCAGUCUGUUCAGGGCACAUGAGACCGCCUCCCGCAGUGUGGAUGACAGGAUACAAGAAGAGAAGACACGACUACAAAACCUGGAAAUGAGACGUCAGACCCUGUUCAGUACGGUGCACACCUACAGUCUACUUAUGAACCUGAAGAACUUCGUAUGUAACAUUGGAGAAGAUGCGGAGCUGCUCAUGUCUCUCUAUGACCCUGACCAGUCAGAAUUCAUCAGUGAGAACUUCCUGGUGCGCUGGGACAGUAUGGGGAUGCCUAAAGAAAUUGAAAAACUCAACAACCUGCCAGCACUAUUCACGGAUCUGAGUAGCAGUGACUUGAUGAGGCAGCGGCUCUUCCUGGUGUGUCAGAUCAUCAGAGUGGGCAGCAUGGAGCUCAAAGAGGGCAAGAAACAAACCGGCGGGUUGAGGAGACCAUUUGGUGUGGCUGUGAUGGAUGUAACAGAUAUCGCUCAUGGCAAAACAGACGAUGAGGACAAACAACAUUUCAUCCCCUUUCAACAGAUAGCUAUGGAAACCUACAUCCGUCAGAGGCAGCUCAUCAUAUCUCCGCUCAUCCCUUCUAGAGUCAUAGGAGAGAAUGAGCCGCUCACUGCUGUCUUCAACAAAGUCAUUGCGACGCGGGAGGUCAAUCACAAAGGCCAGGGGUUGUUUGUGACCCUGAAGCUCCUCCCAGGGGAUCUUGCCCAGGUCAGGAAGGACUACCCCCACUUUGUGGACCGCAGCACGGCUAUCGUCAGGAAAAUGGGCUUUCCAGAGAUCAUCCUCCCAGGAAACGUGAGGAAUGAUAUUUAUGUAACCUUGCUACAGGGAGAGUUUGACCGUGGUAAAAAGAAGACCCCUAAAAAUGUAGAGGUCAUACUGAGUGUUCACGAUGAUGAAGGCAAUCCCAUGGAGAAAGCAAUAUUUCCUGGGGCCGGUUAUGACGGCAUAACGGAGUACAAGUCUGUCAUUUACUACCAGGUGAAGCAGCCUUGUUGGAAUGAAACAGUGAAGGUGACAAUUCCCAUUGAAGACGUGUGUCGCUGCCACCUACGGGUGAUGUUUCGACACAGAUCCUCCCAGGACUCUAGAGACAAAUCAGAGAAGCCCUUUGGCAUGGCCUUUGUCCGGUUGAUGAGAGGAGAUGGGACAACACUCAAAGAUGGCAGGCAUGAGCUUAUCGUCUAUAAGGUUGACGUGAAAAAAGCCGAGGAUGCAAAAGUUUAUCUCACCCUGCCAGCAACCUGGGCUGAAGUGGGGGAAAAGGAAAAGCAAAUGGGGAAGCAGUUCCACCAUUCAGGAGUGAUUCCUGUGACUAAAGACAGCUUCCAGAUCGCUACGCUCACCUGUUCCACUAAACUCACUCAGAAUGUGGAUCUGCUUGGCCUGUUGAACUGGAGAUCUAAUCCUGAGGAUCUGGACCAGAUCUUGCAGAGGCUCAUGGAAGUGGAAGGAGGGGAGAUUGUCAAAUUUCUCCAGGACACUCUUGAUGCUCUGUUCAACAUCAUGAUGGAGACUUCAGAAAAGGACACUUACGAUACUCUGGUGUUCAAUGCCUUGGUAUUUAUAAUCACACUUAUUGGUGACAUCAAAUUCCAGCACUUUAAUCCAGUCCUGGAAACCUACAUCAACAAGCACUUCAGCGCCACUUUGGCUUACAUGAAGCUCUCCCGUGUGCUUAACUACUACGUGGGCCAUGCCGAAGAGCCCCAACUCACCGAGAGGCUCUACGCGGCACUCAAAGCUCUCAAGUACCUGUUCAGGUUCAUUGUACAGUCCCGCGUCCUCUAUCUCAGAUUCUAUGGGAACAAUGAAGACGGAGAUGCGUUCUUCAACUCCAUUCGCACCCUUUUUCUCUCUUUCAACACUCUCAUGGACAGGCCACUUGAUGAGGGAGUGAAGAUAAAGGGGGCAAUAUUGAAAUACCUCCCCAGCAUCAUUAAUGACAUCCAGACUGUGUUUGAUCCUGUGGAGCUCAGUGUUCUCCUAGCAAAGUUCAUUGAGAGCAUUCCAGACUCUCAGCUUGUGCGUCAGAAGCUUGGCUGCAUGUGUAAAAUGGUGGAGAGUGACCUUUUCAGGCAGCCAGAUUGUCGAGAUGUGCUUCUGCCGCUUGUUACGGAUCAACUGAGUGGACAGCUGGACGACCACUCUAGUAAACCGGACUAUGAAGCCUGCGUUCAACUGCUUAGCACAGUGUUGGACAACCUGGACCGCAAAGACGUGGGUCCAACCAGAGGGCACGUUCAGCUGAUAAUGGAGCGGCUUCUUCGCAGGGUUAAUCGUACUGUCAUCAGCAUGGACAGAUCCUCUCCUCUCAUUGGCCACUAUCUUGCCUGCAUGACGGCUAUCCUGAAGCAAAUGGAUGACAUGCAUUACGCCCACUACAUCAGCACCUUCAAGACGAGACAGGAUAUCAUUGACUUCCUCAUGGAGACAUUCAUCAUGUUCAAGGACCUCAUGGGGAAUGUCUUCCCUGCUGACUGGAUGAUCAUGAACCUGGUUCAGAUGCAGGUCUUCCUGAGGGCCAUCAACCAGUACUCGGAUGUCCUCAAUAUGUAUUUUCUGGACCAGGCGCAUUUUGAACUGCAGCUGUGGAAUAACUACUUUCAUCUGACCGUGGCGUACCUCACUCACAAGACACUGCAGUUGGAAUCCUUUUCUCAAGAGAAACGAAAUAAAAUACUGAACAAAUAUGGGGACAUGAGGAAGACUAUUGGAUUUAAGAUCAGAGAUAUGUGGUACAACCUUGGCCCUCACAAAAUGAGGUUCAUCCCAGCCAUGGUGGGACCCAUUCUGGAGGUCACACUGGUCCCUGAGCCUGAACUGAGGAAGGCGACCAUCCCCAUCUUCUUUGAUAUGAUGCAGUGCGAGCACAACUUCAGCCCUGGACGCACAUUUGAAACGUUUGAGAACGAAUUGAUAACAAAAUUGGAUCAAGAGGUAGAAGGAGGCCGAGGGGAUGAGCAGUACAAAGUCCUGCUGGAGAAAACAUUGCUGGAGCACUGCAGACGCCACAGAUACCUGUCCCAGUCAGGAGAGGAGCUGGCUCUGCUGCUGAGCAGCCUGCUGGAGAAUCUCCUGGCAUACCGCACCAUUACACAUGAUGAAAGUCCUGAACACCGCAUGAGCUGCACUGUCAAUGUGCUGAAUUUCUACAAAGAAAAGAAGAGGGAGGACAUUUAUAUCCGGUACUUGUACAAGCUGCGAGAUUUGCACCUAGACUGUGAGAACUACACCGAGGCGGCUUACACUCUGCUGCUUCAUGCUGAAUUGCUGGAGUGGUCUGACAAACAUUGUGCACCUCAUCUGAUACCUCGAGACGGGCAGCAUGUGUGGACCCAACAGGAGCUGAAAGAGAGGCUGUUCCAGGAGAUCAUAUGUUACUUGGACAAGGGAAAGAUGUGGGAGAAGGCCAUUGAGCUGGGUAAACAGCUGGCCAAGAUGCAUGAGAGCCACAUGUUUGACUUCAUGGAGCUGAGCCAGCUGCUGAAAAAACAAGCCCAGUUCUAUGAAAAUAUAAUGCAUGCAAUGCGGCCACAACCUGAGUACUUUGCUGUUGGAUAUUAUGGCCUUGGAUUCCCCUCUUUCCUCAGGAACAAGAUGUUCAUCUACCGAGGCAAAGAGUAUGAGUGGCUUGAAGACUUUAGCCUAAAGCUGCUUUCUCAGUUCCCAAAUGCAGUCCGGAUGACCAGCACAGCGCCUCCUGAAGACAACAUCAGCAACUCCUCUGGACAGUACAUCCAGUGCUUUACUGUCAAGCCUGUUCUCACUGUGCCGCACCAGUUUAAAGACAAGGGGGUUCCAGAGCAGAUAUUAAACUAUUACAGAACCAAUGAAGUGGACCAGUUCCAGUACUCCAGGCCCUUCAGGAAAGGUGAAAAGGACCCAGACAAUGAAUUUGCAACCAUGUGGAUUGAGAGAACAACUUACAUUACUGCCUAUCGCUUCCCGGGGAUUCUCAAAUGGUUUGAAGUCAAAUCUGUCUCAGUGGAGGAGAUCAGUCCUUUGGAGAACGCCAUAGAAACCAUGGAGAUGGCCAAUGAGAAGCUGAGUAACCUCGUGCAGCAACAAGCCUGUGAUCGCUCUCUGUCCAUCAAUCCACUGUCCAUGAUGCUCAGUGGCAUUGUUGACCCUGCUGUCAUGGGUGGAUUCUCCAACUAUGAGAAGGCAUUCUUUACAGACACCUACAUCCAAGAGCACCCAGACGACCAUGAACGCAUCGAGGUCCUUAAACACCUCAUCGCCCUACAGAUCCCCGUCUUGGCAGAUGGAAUUCGCAUCCACGGGGAGAAGACGACAGAGCAGCUGAAGCCCUUACACAAUCGUCUGGUUACUUGCUUCCAAGACCUUCGGGAGAAAGUGGAGAAGCAUUAUGGCGUCAUAACCUUGCCGUGCUCUCUCACCGAGAGGAAGAAGAGUCGCGUGGGCUCGGUGGUGAUGCCCUACAUCCUGUCCUCCACCCUGCGUCGCAUGUCCACUGUCUCAACCCUCUCUAACGCCUCCUCAGGCCUCUCCAGCGGCUCUGCAUCCUCAGAUGGACCCUCCUGCAUUUCCUCCCAAGAUUCCUUGUUGUCCCAUCCCAGUGAUCGCAGGGUCUCUGUUCUGUCUCGCUCAGAGGAGGACAACAGGAUUGCUAGAAAGAACCGGAAGGAGUGGAGUGUGAGCAAGUCCCAGGUCCUGCUGGAGAGGCAGUUAGAUUCAGAUGAGAGUCUUCCAGAGAAGCAGCAGAGACCCAAGAGUUUACAAUUAGGAGACCGACGGCUCACCCUCUCACUGUUCCAGGGUGUUUCAUCCCAGCUCAGCCUGUCGAACCCUCUCAGCCCGCUGCCUUCCUCUCCACACACACCGCACACACCACGCAGCUCCAGUUAUUCAUCACUUCUCAGUGACAAUGAUGCCAAUACCAUUGACACCCCAGGGACUCCCCCACCCAUGCCUCCGAAGAAACACCCGCACGAGAUUGACAACCCGGGGUUCUCCACAGAGUUUACUCCUCCGCUACCAGUGAAAGUCGAGAGCAAGCCUCCUCCCCCGCCCCCGAAGACACGAAAGUCAAUGUUCCCCUCGUACGAUCACACCCCCCAGUAAGGCGACACCCACGCACAGGCCUUAAAUUUUCAUUAGCCCUCUGAUUUGGCUGUGAUGAAAAUGCAGUUUCAUUCGUGGCAUUGUGGAAACGCCUCAGUAGGGUACAGAUUGCCUGACCAUCUAUGUGGGAUGUAUGCAAGGAUUCCGCUGGAAAAACUUCUCUCCGAUGCAAGUCACUUAUAAUUCCAAGCAGUCCUUUGUUUCCAAGUUCUAACUGUUGUUUUGUUUUUACGCCGCAAGCAAGGAUAUGUGUGAGGUUACUGUCAUAAGAGGGUACUACUGUGCAAAAAUGGGCAUACAGUAUGAUUUUAGGUACAGCCUUAGAUUCAGUAAUGAAACAGUUUUCCUUGAGGAAACGAUAGUAUGGUGUAUUUUUUUAAUCAAUCGCAGGGAAAAGGAAUGACCAAUGUUGCAAUGCAAUAUUAUAAGUUUUUAUGUGUGUGUGGAGUGACACUGGAUGACUAAUUUCCCCCCAAGCUUUUUACCUGCAUUCCAUAUUUGAUCAGGAAAAAGCUGCAUUAGAAACAUGUCAAACUUGAUUAAGUGCAGGGAAUAUGAUGUACAGAAUGUAACUGUUAGCUGAUAUGUCGUUAUUUUUUGAUGCUGUCAUUAUGAUCAAAGCGAUUUUCUUAAACUGCAAUGUUUCUAAGACACUGGAUGGCAUUAUUGAAUGUGGUGCAUUUGUUUUGAUGUUUAUGGUGAACUGAAAACUGUAACCGAUGCUUCCAAACUGUAGUACGCCAUGUUGAUGGCGGUGUUCAAUGGAAUUAUGUUUUCCUUAAAGGUGGAGUAUGCAAUUUCAGACCAAUGCAGUUUUUGUCAAGUUCAGUUAAUAUAAUGGGUAUCUCCUCGUAGUCUGCUAACUAUCCGUCCUGUGUGUGAGCAGAAAAAUAAUCCAGCCCUGGCUCUGUAAAUGGGAAACAAAGUGGCCAAUCCACACAACACUAUUUUAGUGUUUCAGGGAUUAUUCAUGCUCGUGCACAGGGCAGGGGUAAAGGGAUGGGAAAUGGAGAUGAUUGUUGUUGUUUCCCAUUGUGAUAGGCAUUUUGAAAGCAUUAAUACACAGGUAGGAGAAGGGGAGGAGAAUCCUUCUUGAAAGGAAUAGUCUACACCCACUGAAUCAGACUAGGCCCAUCCUAACUAUCUAAAUAUGUUAACUAGCUACUUAUCUACAAUCUUUCUCCAGAAAAGCAAAGUACACCUUUAAAGGAAUUAGUCUGAUAUUUGGGAAAUACACUUACUUGCGUUCUUGCCGAGAGAUGAGACACUUGAUACCACUCUCAUCUUGGUUUUUGUUCAAUAAAACCACAAAUUGUCAUUUUUAACAUUUUUUUUUUUUUUUUUUUAAAAACAAAUGAGAUCUGACUUGUUAAUUAGCAAGUGUUAGAGGUGCUGGUAGGCAGAUUCUAUUGGCGUCACACUGGGCCGAUCUGGCUGUUUCUGGUGUUUAUGCUAAGCUAAGCUAACCUGCUGCUGGCUCCACAGCUACAUGUUUAUUGUUCAGACGUAAGAGUGGUAUGUAUUUGAUCAGAUGACACUCGUCAAGAAAGUAAAAAGCAUAUUUUCCCAAAUUUUUCCUCCAAAAAUUCAUACCCUGAAUGCUGUAUGGUACAAGCUUAAAUGCUUCUUAAGUUUACUUUAGUUGAUAUUUCAGGUGUUGGCAGAUUUUCUUUUUUUUAAUCAAAUCAUUAUUAAAAUUUAAAUUAUUGCUAUUCAUGAAAUGUAAUGUUUCCAUAGUUUUGCACACACAGUGUGUACAGAGAGGGUUUAUUUUUAAUGCAGUGUAAUUAUUAGUGUAAUUUCCACAUACUGCUUUACUGUACACUGCAAUGCAAUUCAUGUGCCUUCAGAGUGCUAAAUCUAUGCAUGUAAAGUGUUUUGAAAAUGAUCAAACUGAAUCUAUAAUUAAGUCAGUAUUUCAGUUAUGUUUUUAGAUUCCAGUUUUUUUUUAGAAGGGAUUAACUUCUUUGUGCAGUACAGAUUUCCUAGCAAGCAUCAAAGAACUUUUAUACAAACAAUGCCUCAAGAGAUACAUGGGGAUCUUUUUUUAUGAGCAAGUUGUUGUUGACUAAACAAAAAUAAAGACUUUUUGAAAGGUC